GUGCUGGUGACUGCACUGGUGGGAGCUGCCCUGGAUGCAGUUGCCUCAUAGCUUGUCGCUCUCAGUUACUAAAGAAUUGCCUGGACUUCUCGAGGACUUGGAGCAAAAAGCCAUCACUUUACAGACCCGAUAGUUGCUCAGUUCCUAUAGACUUGACACGGGUUUUUCCUAGCGGAUUCUUUUUUUUUUUUUAAAGUAUUUUUUCCUGUGUCUCUCAGAACAGCAGUUCCUUGAGUGUGUGGCAUUGAAAUCCAUGGUGCUUUGUUAACAACUCUGGGAGAUACUUAAAACUUUUUUUCUCUCUGUUUUCUUUGCCUUUAAAAAAAAGCGAAAAAAAAAACCAAAAAAACAAAACAAACAAAAAACCAAAAAAAAAGCUAAUCCUUCUGGGGGGAGGGGAGAUGAUCGUGCUGAUGUGGAAUAAGUGCUCCUGCUGUCUCCUCUUACUAGCCGCGGUCCUGAUCGUGGAGAGCUCCCAGCUAGACAGCUCCAGCUCGAAGGUGAACUCCAUCAAGUCCACCCUGAUGGGGGAGGCUCCAACUCAGACAACCAACAGAUCUGCAGGCAUCCACCAGGGACUGACGCUUGCUAGCAGUAAGAAGGGCAAAAUGCUAGAGCAGAUGGGAAAACCUCCCAAGCUCUAUCACCGUCAAGGAGAGGCCUAUCCUUGUACCAACGAUAAGGAAUGCGAAGUUGGGCGAUACUGUCACAGUCCUCAUCAAGCAACAUCUGCAUGCAUGAUGUGCCGGCGGAAGAAGAAGCGUUGCCACAGAGAUGGCAUGUGCUGCCCUGGGAACCGCUGCAACAACGGUAUUUGCAUACCAGUAACCGAAAGCAUUCUCACACCUCACAUCCCUGCUCUAGAAGGGCCACGCAACAAGAAGAACGGUCAUUAUGCCAGCAAGGAUUUGGGAUGGCACCACCUUGGGAGGCCACGCUCUAAGCUGUCACACAUAAAAGGACACGAAGGCGAUCCCUGCCUACGGUCAUCAGACUGUAUUGAGGGACACUGCUGUGCUCGUCAUUUCUGGACCAAAAUUUGCAAGCCUGUGUUGCAUCAGGGAGAGGUGUGCACCAAACAGCGCAAGAAAGGCUCCCAUGGAUUGGAGAUUUUCCAAAGAUGUGACUGUGCCAAAGGGCUGUCUUGCAAAGUAUGGAAAGAUGCGACCUCCUCUUCUAAAUCCAGACUUCAUGUGUGCCAGAAAAUCUGAAUGAGGAUUGGGAAGAUAGUAUUAAGUGACUGUGGCUUUAUGUCUUUAAUGCAUUACGUCAUGGUGGGAAAUGAAGACUGCAAAUGAAAGCAGAAAGGCUAAAGUAACAGAGUAGGAGUAGAAGUCACACCAAAUGCAUUUCUUUUUUUUGAGCUGGUGGUAAACACAAGUGCAGCUGGAGUUCUACUGUUCAGCUUUUCUGUAAAUAACUGCUACAGUGUGUGGGAAAUGCUAGUACGCAAACCAGUGGAAAUUAACGUUGCUUACCUUGCUGUGUUGUUCUGUGAUGUUUCAGGGGUUCAGUGUUAGGGCUACAGAGGGGUUUCCUGCAUGGUAAUGACUGCUAAAUACAUUGUAUGAAUUGUACUCUUAUAGGAAGCAGUGCCUGCUGGGAAGACUCAUCUGUCAACCCAUUAUUGGUCAUAUUGCAGGUGUGAGAAAUGGAAAUAAAGUUACUGUGAAUGUCCACAAGCCCUUGUCAUUCAGGGCUGAGGCUUCAGCAAAGCAAGCGCUCCUGCAGGACAAGAGUGCUGUUUCACAGGCUCUCAUGAGAGAGGUGAAAACUUGCCAUCUCACAACUUCAAGAAAGUAGCGGUUUCUGUAAGAGCAGGAAUUUAAACAGGGUUGCGUUGGUUGUUUUUUUUUCCUAUACAUAGGUAAAUUGAAAUGCUUUAUGUAGUUCAGUGUCGUAGUAUGGCUCUUAAUUGCUUGUAUUUGCCUCAGUUUACUGCUAGUAUAGAUUGGGUUGAACAGAUGAUGCAAAUGUGCAUGCUGAAUCCAGAAUUAUAGUUGCUCCUUAGUCCGAAAUAUACUUUCUUUGCCUAAGCAUACUUGCAUUAUUGACAUUUCCAAAUGAAAUAGCAGAGCACCGAUGUGCCGAACAUAAAGAGCUAUGAAGUUGUGUCACUGUUUCUGUUGUAACAGAUGAUGUAGACUUUGUUGAGGUGUUAAGAACAUACUCCUACAAACUCAAAUUUUUACACUUUAUUAGCAGCAACAGGCUACUGGUGGCACUCUGCAGAAGAAUAUUGGAUUUGUUUAUUAGAGGCAGAAAGAAACAGGCGUUGGGUCUUGUGAGCACCUCCUCUCUUGCAGAAAACUAUGUAUGAAGAUGGUAUGACCCCAAAUGACUUGUUAAACAUCAUGCCAUGUCACUGGAUACCAGCCUGAACUCGAUGUCCUCUCAGCCUGGAAAGUCCUACCAGGAAUGAUGGAAGUGCAUGGACUGUGGAACCAACUGACAACACUAUGCUCUUUGUGUACUGGUUGCAAAAAGGACAGCCUCUUGACUUGUCUCCCAGGUCUUUUCAAACUUUUUUUUCAUUUUACUUAUUUGCAAGUAUUCCUUUGUAUAGACAUUGAUAAACAGAGACUGAUACUUCUUUAAAGAAGCCUGAUUCUAUAAUUGAUCUAUUACCCAUUUAUAAUUACCCAUUUUCAUGUUUUGUAAGACAAGGGCCUUUUCUGUUUACUCAGUUCUGAACAAUGUGGGUACACCCGUAUGUAGUUUAAUGUUGAAGAACACGUCACCCAUACCUAAGACACCUCUUUCCACUGACAUGUCUCCAGCAGUGGUUAUUUUAAAGCUAUAGCUUAGCUACACCACCUGAUGCAGAGUUCCUUAUUAGAACACAGACCUCAGCUAUGUUGCCUUUAUCUUUCAUAAGGGUAGAAAUAAGAAGAGUAUUUCACACACCUCUUCCCCUCCUGGAGUUAGUUUUUCUUGACCUAGAGGGGACUGCUCAGAGACAUGACGUCUUCUGGUUUUCAGACAGUUUCACUCAGUUGUAUCCUGCAGUCCUGUCUUUGCAACUCUGCUUAUUUCAGUGUAACUGAAAUGGGAAUAAGGCUCAGAAACAGCAUAAUUUCAAGCUACUGAAAAAAGUACAGGAACUAAUUUUGCAAGUGUUAUUUAUGCUGACACAGCAUGUGCCCAGCAGAGGAACUCUACUGCUCUCAUUGUGACUGCAUAUUAAAAAGAGAAUGACACCCAGCUUGAGUAGAGGGGUUGCAGGGAUGAGCUCUCGGCAAUCUUUAGCUCUUCUUAUCAUUGGCCUAUCCCCACUUUUCCUCUUGCAAAACAUAGUUAUUUGGGAUAAUUUAUUUACAGGAAAUGUUUAAUGAGAUGUAUUUUCUUAGAGAGAUAUUUCUUACACAAAGCUUUGUAGCAGAAUAUAUCUGCAGCUUGUUGACUUUAAUGUAGAAAAAUGUAUAAUAAGAUUAAAUAUAUGAAAUGUCCUUUCCCAUUUCUCCCCAGUUAUUUUAUCCAUAUUAUUUUUCUUAUCUGCUGCUUAAGAGAGUAGAUCUUUCUGGAAAGAUAGGCAAAUCUAUUUUAAAAAAACCCACAACAUAUAUUUUAGCUAUAUAAGAAAAAAGCCUCUGACCGUACUUGUGUCUCAGAGAUCUGCAUAGGUGAGGAAAAUACAUAGGAAGGUCCUCUUAAAAAUCCCCAAGUGUCAUUUCUACAAAACUGGUUAAAGUGGCAAAUAUAUAUAUAUAUAUAUAUGCAUGCUUCUCUUGAGACAGCUUACACCUAAACAUUCAAGAAAAAGUUUUGAAAAUAAGGCACUUGGAUGCAUAAUGUUCAGUCAACCAGGUGGAAUAGGAAAGGUGCCCAGACACUUCCCCUUGAUAGUGACAGAUAA